AGCUGCCCACAUUACAACCGAGCUCCACACCGGGGAAAGUUUACAUCCAACUAUCCCAGCCGACUGAACGCACGGAGAAACCGCGGAGAUGGCAACUCAAGCCGAGCAGCCGCCUCCCCUGCACCUGGCCGAGCUCACCGCCGCGCAGUUCAUGGACAUCUGGAAGCAUUUUGAUUCAGACGGAAACGGCUACAUCGAGGGGAAGGAGCUGGAGAACUUCUUCCAGGAGCUGGAGAAGGCGCGACGAGGCGCAGGCAUGGAUCCUUCUCACGCUGCAUUCAAAGAAAAGAUGAAGGAGUUCAUGAGCAGCGUCGACAAGAACGCUGAUGGGAGAAUUGAGAUGUCAGAGUUGGCUCAGAUUCUGCCAACGGAGGAAAACUUCCUGCUUUGCUUCAGAGAGUUUGUGGGAUCCAGCACUGAGUUCAUGGCAGCCUGGAGGAAGUAUGACACUGACCGCAGUGGAUACAUUGAGUCAAAUGAGCUGAAGGGUUUCCUGUCAGACCUGCUGAAGAAAGCGAACAGAAUCUACGAUGACAAGAAGCUCAAUGAGUACACGCAGACCAUCUUAAUGAUGUUUGAUCUUAACGGAGACGGUAAACUGGGCCUCUCUGAGAUGGCAAGGCUCCUGCCAGUCAAUGAGAACUUCCUGCUGAAAUUCAAGGGCAUCAGACUCUCAGUUAAAGAAUUUGACGCCAUCUUCACCUACUAUGACAAGGAUGGGAACGGAUAUAUUGAUGAGCAGGAGCUUGAUGCUCUGCUGAAGGACCUCUGUGACAAGAACAGAAUGGAUUUGGCCACAACAGGACUGGACGCGUACAAGAAGAGCAUCAUGGCUCUGUCUGAUGGAGGGAAGCUGUACCGCACUGAGCUGGAGAUCGUCCUCUGCCGGGACUCCAUGCUGUGACCUCCCUGCAUGGGGCCCUGUCACCCCCCCCGUUGCCUCCUGCGUCCUACCUCCUGACGUAACCUGGUGCAUGUGUGACCCUUAACCUUCACUACACCACAUAGAGUGAAACAAAAAGUGCAAAAGUGCUCCUGAAAGCACAAAGUGAACUGCUGGCCCUGCUGUUUUACAUUAGCCCUCCGAGUUGUUUUCUUUUUUACACGCAGUUCCAUAGUGAAGAAACGUCUAGAGUAACAUAUUCCCAUUUUACAGAUGCAUUUGUAUUUUUUACAUUUAUCUCAUAUGUUCCUCUCCAACUGAAUUCACAUCUAUAACAUCUGUUAUUUAGUUUUAUUUAUUUGUAUUUAAUUUAAUAUGAGCUUGUUUUAUUUGAUGAGGCUUGUACUGUUCUAUUAAAGAUAUAACUGAGAGAAUGAAUAAAUAUAAUAUGACAAC